AUGUCAAGGGGGAACCCCAACGAUGAAUCAUACUCCCAAAUACCUCUUUUCAUCUCCCACUUGAAAGCUGCUAACCCCACCACUAUCACUAAGCUUGAAAUGCAUACCGACGAAAAUGGUUCCCAGCAUUUCAAGCGCCUCUUUAUAUCUCAUGGCGCCUCCCAGGAAGGUUUUCAUUUCCUUCGGAAACUUAUGGUGGUCUCGGGUGCACAUAUCAGACGUUCGGAUUCUGGCUUUCUCAUUGUUGCCGUCGGUCAAGAUGCCAACUUCCAGACCUACCCCCUAGCCUUUGCUGUAGUUGAACGUCAGACCGAGGAGGCAUGGAGGUGGUUUUUUCACCAGCUCGAACAGUGUUUCCCAGACGAUAACAAGACAACCAUUUUAUCUGAUGGCGGUGGAAUGGCUGAAAAAGCUAUCUCAGCAUGCUUUCCUGAAGCCAGUUACGUUGACUGCCUACGUCGUCUUCAACUAUCACUGAACCUGUACUUCCACGACACUGGUCUUACCAACUUGGUGCGGGAGGCAGCUUGUGCUCACACGAUUGGCGUUUUCCGGCGGGCAUUCAACCGGAUUAAUGAAUCCAACCCUGACUGCGCUGCCUAUCUACAAUCUAUUGGCUUCCCUCGUUGGCUGAGUUAUUAUCAAGUCGGCGACCGAUACAACAUCAUGACUGCUAGUAUUGCUCAUGGAUUCAUCCAUUUACUGCUCCCACAAACAACUGGCCCUAUUAUUAACCUCUUCAACUUCUACCACACAACUGUCAUGCGCUGGCUCCAAACAAGGCUCUGA